CGCGCGGCCUCGGAGCGGACAGGGACGCGGGGAGGCCGCCCUGCGCAUCCUUCCGGCUUCAGCCCGAGGGAGUCGGAGCCCACGCCGGGCUCCGCCGGCCCGACAGUCGGGCGGCGCCCCGGAAGGCUGCCCGCGCCCCGUGGAGCCCCGUGCAAGGCUCGCGUGCUUGACGGGCUGCGGCCACGGGUGCUGCAGGAGCACGGUUCCAGAGCCGACCCGUCAGAAAGGGCUUUGCGUCCCCCUGGCACUGCCCCGAAUCCCCUGCUUUCUGAACUGAACUUUGGAAGAGAGGAUUCGGUGGCUGGGCUGCAAAGAGAAAGCUGGUAAAUUCUGGAUGAACUGGUGGAGGACAGGAUCUCGUCGUCCUGAAGAUAGUUCUUAUGCUUCCCAGGCUUAAGGCUGAUGUGACAUUUGCACUAUAGGGACCCAAAUAGGGAGCAGAACAGCCAGCUCCAUGGAGAUGACCUCAGCUGUGGAGAGAGGUGGCCCUGAGCCACAGCUGGAUCAUGGACACCUCCCGAGACCCUGGUCCUGCUCUCUGGAAGACAGAACACCCAGCCUGAUGGCCCCCCAGCAUCUCAGGGCAUGGGGGAUACAGCUCCAAGGUCCCUCUGUGCUGGAGUCCAAAGUGAGGGCCUUGAAGGAAAAAAUGACAGCAGGCAAACAGGGGGUGAGCCCCUGCCUCACUUCUCAUGAGCGGCCAUCCAAGAAACCCAAAUGCAGGCGAGUCAAGGUGGGCAGAGCUGGGACUCUGUCAGAGGGGUCUUCCUUGCCAGUUGCUGAGGGGGUCCUCCCUGCUCAGAAUCUGACUGAUGGGCAGCUGGACAGCGGUAUCAACAAGGAGGAACCUGCCCGGAACGGGGUUCCCAGACCUCCCAGGCCGCCUUCUCCCAGGCUUGAGUGCCGGAACGGGAGGAGCCCAUGGCCUCCAGCAGCUGUACCGCCUUUGCCCGACAAUGAGAGGAGUCUGCUGCCAGGCCCUGGCUCUUUGCAAGAGAGCCCUGUUCACAGAGUCACUCCGAGCCAGCCUGGGGGCCCUGGUCCUUGUAACAAAACUGCCCACAUGCACAACCUGAGGAAAGGAAGGUCAUAUGCCCUUCAGGAUGGUCUAGUUACAGGGGGAGACCUGGAGAGCUUGUCUCUGACCUGCGAGGAGGACUUUGUUCCUAGGCCAGCCCUGCUAGGGGGCCUCUGGCGAGCUGGAGAGCUGGGGGCUCUGGGCCCUGGGGGCAGUGCCUUAUCCCUGUCUGACCGGGUAGAGAGGAACCGCCUUCUGCUGCAGGAGAUGCUAAAUGUUGGGGGUCAGGCCCCCCCCAAGGUGGGAAUCCCAGGCUGGACUCCAUGCUGGGACAGAGGUCUACCAGAGCGACCAGCAGGGGACAUGGACUGGGACUCAGGCAUCUCCCUGCAGGACUCAGACCAGAACAGGACCUUUGGUCCCAAGCCGGAGUCUGUGCUGAGCCCCAGGCACGAGGAAGCCAAGCAUCUGCUGCAGCGUGCCCGCAUGAAGGCCAGAACCCGGCCCCUCCGUGCCAGCCAUGAGAUCGUGCCCACCAUUGCCCAGGGCAGCCGAGACGGCCGGAGAAGCCCCGCCCUGGACUCGAGGUUGCCCUUUGCCUGCAGAGACACCCCGCAGAACGGGAACACGAGUGACUCCUCCAGCGGGGAGUCCAGCAGCGGGCAGUGGCCGAAGCGGGGCGCCUCGCCGUCCCGCGUGCGCUUUGAGGACGAGUCUGCCCGCGACGCCGAGUCGCGCUACCUGGAGCGGCUGCAGCAGCGCCAGCGCCAGGCGCGGAGCUGCGCGCUGCGGGCGGCGGCUCAGGGCCCGCUGCGCUCCAAGCCCGACCUGGCCCGCUACAUCCACGGGGGCUUCGCGCGCACCGACGCCGGCGAAGGGGCGCCCUAUCGGCUGGUGGGCCGGCCGGAGCCGAGGGGCUUCCCGGCGCCGCCGCCCGCGCGGGGCAGCGACAGGAAGUGCCGAGCCUGCGGCGGCUGCAUCAAUGCGCGCCGCGCUGCCGCGGGGAAGGCCGGCUCGGAGCCCAGGGCCCUCCCGGACCGCGAAGCUGCCUGUGGGGUGCAGGGGGUGCUGGCGGAGCCCCUUAGCUCUCGGGGCCCGAGCCCCCCCUGCAGGCACCUCCCUGCCGAGCCGGGGUGCCACACGGAGUGGAUCCGGGAAACGCACAUCGGAGACUCGGGGCGCCCCGAGGAGGCGGACUCUGCACUGGACAGCACGGACACCUCCGAGGGCUGCAGGACCGACAGUGAGGAGGCCGCGGCCUCGCAGCCCGGCAGGCCGCGGGGCCCGGCCCGAGGCAGCAGCCCCCGUCUAAGGGCCUCCAGGCCUCGAGAAGGCCCCAGGUGGUUCCGGAAGGCCGAGUCGGAGCUGCCCGGGAGCCCUCAGGCCCCGCACUACCUGCCCGGGGUUGAUGCCGUGGGGGUUGCCCCCGAGGUGAAAGAAGGCAGAGGACACGUGCCUGAGGGGACUCUGUUUCCCGGUGAAGAUGGUUUUGCUAAGCCUCCUGUCCUGGAAUCUAAAAGGGCUUUCCCGGGGUCCCAGUGGCAGCUUGGACCAGGGCCGGGAAAUCACUGGGUCCACCCGGUGGAUUCCCGGGCUCUGAGCAGGACCGCCUAUGCCCUGGCCUCUUCCGUGAAGCUGGGGUCCUCUGGGCCAGGCAGACAAGCCCAGGAUGCAGGAAGCCAUGAGUCCCUGGAGACAGUCUCUGCUCCCCCCCUGCAACAGAGCUCCGCAGAGCCUUCUGCCCUGCACCAGGCCCAGCAGCCAACCCCUUCCCUCUGCCAUGAAGGCUGGGUGCCAACCCCUCCAUCUUCAAGGAAAACCACCUCACCGGGGUCUCAGGGGAAGGCAGGCCUGGCUGGACCCCGCAGGCUGGGUGAGCAAGGAGAACCUGUGAACCCCCCUCUGCCUCCUUCCAGAAGUGUAGUUCCCAGGACCUGUGAGCUCUCCCCGGCACAGACCCAGGCCUACGGCCCUCCGGUCAGGCACCCCCUGCUGGCCCUGUCCACCAACAACUGCAACAAUAGUAUGCCUCCGGGGCUGCAGGAGCCCUGUGGAGGGGCCGGCCACCAGGGCAGGGUACAGGAGGGCCCCCGCAGCCAGGAGCCACCCCCAGAGAACCACAGUGACAACGGAGGAGUCCAGGGCUUUCUCGGCCCAGCAGCUGUUGGCACUGUCAGCUCCAUGAGCAUCACCCUGUCCCUGGCCUCAGAGGAGCCAGAGUUCAGCCAGGAACCAGAGGAAGGCCUGCAGAGGCCAGAGAUGAGUUCUGGAGAGCAGGUGUCAUCCCGAGCACUCCCAGGGGUCAGCGCAGGACCUGGCCCACCCUCCACUGCCCCUUCUGACAGGAGCAAGAAAAGCAGCAGCAGCCUGGCCUCCACCCUGGGGCUGAAAAAGCUCUUCCUGGCCCUGGGCCACAGCACCAGGCCCAAGCUGGGCAAGGCCCGCAGCUACAGUGUGGAGCAGCUGCAGUCCCCCACGCCUGGCCUGGCAUCACACACCAGCACCCCCAGAGUGAAGAAAGCCCCAUCGUUACAGUCCCUGCAUCUGGUGUCACCCUCUCACCAACAUCGGAAAGCUGCCUCCUUUCAGAACCUCCAUUCUCUACUGAGCGGCAAGGGGGACCGGUCCAGCCUCUAUCUGGUAGGGGAGCCGGGGGACCACAGUGCAGCUGGCCGACCAGCCAAGGCCUCACCCCGGCGUGCCCUCAGCGUGGAGGACGUGAGCGCCCCCAGCCAGGCACGCACAGUGGGCCGCGUGGUGGAGGUGUUCCCAGAUGGCACAACCCAGCUGCAGCUACAACGCUCCCCGGAAGGCACUUUCGGCUUCUGCGUGGCCUCCGGGAAUGGGCGCCGGGACUCAGGUGGUGCCCUGCUCCUGCUGCUGCUGUUGGCCAUCAGAUGCCCCGCAGAGGUACCCGGGCACAUGGAACAUGACUGGUGUUGGUGCCUCCUGGCCACAGACCUUCCUCCAGCAGCCAGGGGUCCCUUCUGCUGGGCCUCAGAGGGGCCGUGAGCUGGGGCUGGUCUGCAUUCCUCGCUGAAACGUCAGGGUGCUGGCGGGAACUUGCUGGCGGUCACAUCUGAGGCUCUACGAGCACAUGAGAGCUCAGAGAGAGAUCAGACAUGCUUAACGGAGGCCAUUUCCAGCAGACAAUAAAUACCUACAACAGCAGUCUCUCCGCCAUAUUUUUGCCAUGACGUUCCGCUGUGGAGCCUGCCCCGGAGUCUCCCCAGGAUGGCUGGCACGACAUCGGUGUCCGGUCCAGCUCUGGCUACAUGCUUCUGGGGUUUCUCGUGGCUCCCCACAUGCAUGUCCUGCUUACAGUAGCUGUUUCUGUAGAUGCCACCCCUCCCCUCCUCACCUGCCCUCUCUCCAUGCCGCCAGCAUGCAGUCGGGGCAGGUAAGUGGCGACAGCACUGGACAGGAGGGGUCAGAGAUAGGCCAGGGGCUGGGAGGAAGGCCUCGCGCAGCUGAGACGGCAGGCAUACCCCGUCAGGAGGAAGGCAGCUGGCAGCAAAGGCUCGGCUUGGCCAAGAAGCCCCGGGAGAGAGUUCCACAUGUCAGACCCAGGAGAGGGAUUGUGUCAGGAGGUUGGUUCUGCUAGACUCAGAGCUGGGAGGAGAUUUCAGUGCCUUCAAACCCACAUUUCAGAGGGUUGCUCUGGAAGGCUUGCCAGAAGCUGGGCUGAACAGAGCUCCUGUGGGGCUGGGGGGAGCAGAGGCAGGACAUCCCACGCUGGUCCAAGUGUGUUAAAGGCCUUCAGGCCUGAGACCAAGAUACCAGAGGAGAGGCCCUCUCAGGCCCUUUCUAAGGAAAGGCCUGGGCUGGGGAGCCGUGAGGGCGUUUAAGGUGGCCCUGAGCGGCCCCCCUGCAUUCUGCAGGUGUUGCCAGCUGCACACUGUCCUCACCCUGGCCUUGUGCUCUCAGAUCACCUAUAUUCGCUCAUCGUGGGGGCGGGGUGGCGCCCAGCUUUCCCUGUAAGAGCCUUCACUCUCUUCGCUGAAGGGGAGUCUGGAAGGUUUUCAGAGGAAGUUGAGGUGAGAGGGGUCCCUCCGCAGGACUCAACUGCACGUGUGGCCAGGAGCAUCCCGGGGAACUCAGGCUAGCCAUCCCCAAGGCCCCACAGAGCCUGCUCCAGUGAUGCGGGUUCCCCAGUCAGGCCCAGGUAAAGGGGAAGAAGUAGGCUCUGCCCAGGCUCACUCUGCACCUAAGAGACCCAGGGGAGGUCAUACUGGCCAGCAAGGGCCUUCUUAGGGGCAGUGUGGGGGACAAGGCGUGUGUGGAUAAGGGACAAGUGAGCCACCAUGGCUUUAAAUAGGGGGUGGGAUUUUUGUGUUUCCUGGGCUUUUGCCCAGAUGCCUCCAAAUCCCAGUGAGGAACCACCUCUGAGGAAGAUUGAGGCCAGGGCUGGUCCUAAUAGUAAUAUGAAGCAAACCGGGUUUGGAUUUGAGCUCAGCCAUGUGCAUUACUCCAGUGAUACCUUCCCACCGCUCCAACUACUUGAAGACAGCAACGGGGUCAUAUCUGUGAAUCCCACCCAGUGGCAGGCGUGAAGUAGGGCUUUUUCUUAAUUUUUAAACAUCAGUUUCCUUCCUAUUCUACAAUCAAAGCUCAUCUCAGAAAAAGAUAAGAUUACCUCAUUCACCCAGGGGUAUGCACGAAUAAAAACUGCUCGAAGCAUUAUCUGCUUAAAGCAUUCUUUUAUUAAAGCAUUAUUUGUACAGCUUUUUAAAAGAGACAGAGAAAUGAAAUGAUACCAUGAGGACGGGCCACUGUAUCUAUGUAGAAAGCCAGUUAUCACUGGGAGGUAGAACAAUGAGGGUGUGUGUGUGUGUGUGCGCGCGGGUGCACAUGCAUGGAGCAGUGGCCCAUACGAACACCUGCUCCCCGACCC